AUGGAGAGCACAGUAGAGAAGAAUAUCAUACAGUUGAAAGUUUGUGAUGCUGAUCUGGCCACCAAAGAUGAUAUCCAAUUUAUUGUUCGUUUUGAUUUGGCCAAACUCCAGCCUGGAAUUCCAGUCCUUGAGAUAUUCUCCUUAAAACCAGAGAAACAAGAACAUCCUCAUCAUUAUGAAUCUCUAGAAGUGGAGUUCAAGCUGUCAGAUGUGCAAGGCCCUCCUGAGCAACUGAUUUCCAAUGGUGUCCUAGUGGCCCGUGAACUUUCCAUUUUGGACGUAAAAGUGAACACGAAGGAGAAUGACAAGAUUUUGCAAGCUGGUAAAAAUGUAGUCCUUUCAGUGCAAGAAUCUUAUGAAGGAACACAGAAGACAAGCAAAAAUUUAGAUUCCUUUCGCUUUCAUUGCAUAAAAAGCUGGGGACCAGUAUUAAAAGCCAAGAUUCAGGAUCUUGAUGUGCGUUUGGGUUAUGAGCUUUGUCCUGAUGAGAAGGAUUUCCUGCGCAAGAGGAAAAAGGUGGUUGCCAAUACCCUGUAUAAGCUUUUUAAUCUAAGAGAGGAGUUACAAGAGGAUGAGGUCCCAGUAAUAGCUAUUAUGGCAACUGGAGGUGGAGUCAGAGCCAUGACAGGAUUAUAUGCUCAUCUCACAGCCUUCCAGAAACUGAACCUUUUAGAUUGCAUUACAUAUAUCACCACUGCUUCCGGAUCAACAUGGACACUGUCAGACUUGUGCUGUCAUAGUGAUUGGUCACAUCAAAGUUUGGAAGACCACAUCAAAAAAAUCAAAAGACAGUUGCUGAAGAGCAAAAUGAAUAUUAUUUCUAUCAAAAGAUUGGAGCAUUAUCACAAGGAGCUAACUGAGUGGAUCAAAGCUGGGCAUCUUUCAUCGGUUACCGCACUCUGGGCCCUUAUUCAAGAAGCUUUGUUCUAAGAAUUACCAAAUCUUUGUAAACUCUCGGAACAGCGACGGACUUUGAAUCAGGGGCAGAACCCCUUUCCUAUCUACACAGCCAUAAAUGUCAAAAAUGAUCAGAUCCACACUUUUGACUUCAGAGAAUGGGUAGAGUUCAAUCCUUAUGAAGUGGGGUUCCUAAAAUACGGUGCACAGAUUCGUUCAGAAGAUUUUGAUAGUGAAUUCUUCAUGGGAAGGCUGGUGAAGAGGAUUCCAGAAUCCCAGAUUUUCUAUCUGGAAGGUAUCUGGACCAAUGUUUUCUCUGCAAAUCUGUUGGAUUGUUUGUAUUGGACCACAACACCAGAAGAAUUCUGGGAACGAUGGAUGAAAGAGAUGAUAAAAAAGAAUGAGGAGAAUGAUUCAAGUGAGCCACAUGCCAUAGUCUACAGACCUCCAAACUCUGCUUGUGGGAAGCUUUGUGAGAUCUUCAACGACAUUUUAACCAAUCGUCCUUUAAAGGGGGAAAAUCAUAACUUCCUGCGAAGCUUUGGUUUUGAUAAAGAUUAUUUGCAUCAGAAAGAAUUUAUGCAGUGGAGUGAUACCAUGUUUGAUGCUUGUUCUAACAUGUUGACACCAAACACGAAAUCCCUCUGCUUAAUAGAUAUAGGAUAUUUUAUGAACGACAGUGGCCUACCACUUCUCAAACCAGAAAGGAAUGUGGAUAUCAUUAUUGUUCUGGAUUAUGAGCUGAGUGGAAUCUUAAUGCAAACAGAGAUGAUGGCCAAAUACUGUGAGGUCCAAGGUAUCCCCUUUCCAAAGGUUCAUCUGAAUGAGGAAGAACAAAAGAAUACGAAGGAGUGCUACAUUUUCUCAGAUGAAGACAACCCCAAAGCGCCGAUAUUACUUUGUUUUCCACUGAUCAAUCAUACCUUCAGAGAAUACUCAGCACCAGGGGUCAAACGCAGUCUUUCAGAAAUGAAUGAAGGUGAAAUCAAUCUGGACAAGAACACCUCACCUUAUAAAACCAUAAAUGUAACAUUUUCUGAAGAAGACUUUGACAAACUACUAAAUUUAUGCAAUUACAAUAUUCUUUAUAGCAAAGACUUAAUCUUCCAAGCCAUUCAAUGUGCUAUACAGAAAAAGCGACAUAGUUGGUCCAGAAAUGAUAAAGAAUGAUAAUUUGUCUCCUAGAGAGAAGAAUUCCAACAUGUAGCAUGAUAUUUUUAGGAAUAUAUUUAU